AUGGAAACAGACAACGAAACUUUGGGUUCGGAGGAUGGAAAAGAAGACGAAACAAAUGACAAUUUGGUUGAAGGUGUUAUUCAGGAUGUGUCGACUGUAGGUGUGGAAGAAACAGUUGGAGAAGUACUGUUCAAAUGUCGGCAACUAAUUACAAUGAUAAGAAAAUCAACGAUGUUAACAGCGUUUGUAAAUGCUACACAUGCUGAAAUUAAUCAAGCGAAAACCAAUAAAAUAACUCGAAAUCUAUCGCUUGAUGUUCGCAACAGGUAG